CAAUAUUUGUUUUCUGUUAUAAUGAGCUCAUUUUAAAGACCAACUUCAUCAAGAAAGAAUACUAAUAGUUUACCAGCAUAAUAGGGAGACUUAGAAGAAUAUAUGUAAUUUAUAACAUUUUACUCUUAGUUAAAUCUUAUAUGAUCAUUAAAAGAGUUGUGAAAAAGCUGGAAAGUAUCUAGAAGCUGAUUUAGCUAAAAAAAGAUUAGCUGAACUUAAAAAAGAACUUGAUUCUAAAAAUAAAGGUGAUGUUAAAGAUAGACAUUGUUCUGAAAAAUAAGAAAUUGAAAAAGCUCAUCUAGACGAAUUCAAUUAGUUUAAUACAUUUUGGGAUUAAAAAAUGAUUGAGUUUGAUUAAGAAGCUUAAAAAGUUAAGGAACAAACUCUUUAAAGACAUGAGGAUGAAUUAAGAUAAUUUUCAGAAGAACUUGAAAACUCUAUUCCUGUUAAACCAAAAGAUUCAGCAGAAUUGCUAGCUUUAAGAAAGACUGAAGAAUAAUUAGCCAAAUAGGAAAAGUAUAGAUAUUUAUAUUUAUUUAUAGUUAUAUGGAAGCUCAUUUAAUUCAAUAAAAAAUAUUAGCUUAAGAGAGAGAUGAAUUAGAAAAAUGGACUUAAGGAAGAUAAUAAAAAAUUAGAAAUUUAAUUACUUAACUUAGAUAAAAAUAAAUUAAUGAAUUGAAUGCUCUUACUUAAAGAAUUUUAAGUGGAUAAGAAGAAUAAAGGAAAAUUAGAUCUUAAGAAUUAGAAAAGUAAAUUAUAUCUAUAUCUUAGAUUAUUAUAAAAAUAUUAAAAUGUAAGAAAAGAACUAGAAAGUUAAUAAGUUUAAGAAAUUACUAGAUUAGAUAAAUCAUGUAAAACUUAAUGUAUGCUAUUCUCAUUUUAUUUUAGCAAUUAUGUAAUAAUCUAGAAUGAAUCAAUCAAAAAUGUAGUAAAGUUACGCUAAAGAUGAAAAUCAGUAUAUUAGAUGA